AUGGAUCACCAUGCAGAAAGAUCGUAUGGAUAUGUUGACCCCAACUUUCCAAACCCGGGCGGCGAAAGAGACACCCCCGUGAUCAUUUAUGGCUACACGCCUUCCAUCGCUCUAGCUGCCUUCGCAGCCGCGUGGUUUUUUCUUCACUUCGUCUACCACACGACGCAAACCAUCAAGGUCCGCAGCUGGUGGUGGUUGACCUUUUCCGCCGGUCUGAUUUUCGAGGUGAUAGGGUACAUUGCGCGAUCCCUCUCGGCCAAAAAGGAUCCCUAUCACCUUAUCUACUUCAUCCUCAACUACUUUUUCAUCGUUGUGGCGCCUGUAUUGCUUGCCGCUGGUAUCUACACCAUUCUAUCAGCCCUGAUCCCAAGAGUAGGGAGCAAGUAUUCAAUCCUACCACCGAAGAUCAUUCUGGCAUUCUUCAUUACUUCAGAUGUCAUCUCAACAAUCGUCCAAGUCGCCGGGGCGUGUCUCAUUGGCAUUAAAGAGUCGCGCCGGCAAGAUCCCACGACCGCGAAUAACAUCCUCCUGGGUGGUCUUGCGUACCAGGUCUUCGUUAUGACUAUCUUCGUCAUCGUCGCGGCGAGUUUCCAGCUCCGAGCGAGACAUGCGAUCAGAGAAAAUGGGCUAGGGCUCUUCUGCUUGGCCUUUUCCGUUUCGACCCUCAUGGUUUAUUUGAGGACUAUCUUCAGGCUUGCGGAAACUGGUCAAGGCCUCAUGGGAGAGCUGCAAACCAAUGAGGUGUAUUUCGCAUGUCUUGAAUUUGCGCCUAUUGCGAUAGUGGUUCUUCUCUUUGCCAUUUGGUAUCCUGGCCGCUGCGUAGGCGUAGCGGUGCGGGUUGAUGAUAAGCCAUAA